AACUUUGCCCCGGAGCGAGCGGAGAAAAACAAGCGCAGUAUAAAUAACAGCGGUGGGGGGAGGAGGGGACAGUUUAUCUGAAACAGCUGCAGAGGAGCCCUACAGAGAGGAUUCUGGGACAAAACAAGGUCUGAGAAGGGCAGAGAUGUGGGCGGGGCUCAGUGUGGCCCUGGCUCUCUGCGUGCUGGCGGGCUGCAGCGCAGAGAGUGAGCCUGAUGGAGCCCGCUGUAAAACGGCGGCGGAGUGGAAGAUCGGAGAGAUGGAGCCGCUGAAGGAGAGCCUCGGCCGAGUGACCGUGGUGGCCUUUCUCCAGGCCAGCUGAUUGUUCUGCCUGGUGCAGGCGUCCAAACUGGACAGCCUGCGCCUGAAGCUGGAGAAGUUGGGAUACGCUAACAUCACGUACAUCGUGGUCAACAGCCAGGAUAAGGAUUCCCGGCGGCUGCAUUCCCUCCUGGAGCAGAGGCUUUCCGAAAACAUCAUCCUCUACGCCCAGGAGCCGGAGGCACCGGACGUUUGGCAAAUAGCCAACGUGAUGAAGGAUGACUUUCAGAUCUAUGACAGGUGUGGUCGUCUUACAUCCCACCUGUCGCUGCCCUACACCAUCCUGAGUCAGCCAUAUGUGGAGAACGCCAUCAGAAUGACCUACUGUGAUGGAAUCUGUGGAGAGUGCCCGAUGGAGAGCUCCAUUCGACCCCAGGAGUGCAAUGCAACAGUCGAAGAAAAGCCUGAAGAGGAAACUCCCAGAGCAGAAGAGGAGGGGGCAGGGCAUAGCCACUCACCUGGGAGAGGUCAUGGUCACCACGGUCACCACGGUCACCAUGGACAUCACCAUGGCCACCAAAGAGGUCAACACAGAGGUCACCAUGGCAGUGGGGGAACGCACAGUCACGAAGGCUCUGAUCACCAGCAUGGCCACCAGGGUCAGGUUGUUAUUAGCCAGGUGCAAAGGGGUCAGGUGGGAUCAGGCCACGCCCACAAACAUGUGGAUUUGGGGCAGGUAGGGCUGAGGCAGGUUGACCUGGGGCUUGACUUCGAUCAAGUAGUGAUGCACCAGCCAUGAUCCAAGCGCUCCAGGUGAAAGGUCCAGUUCAGCUGACAGCAGGGGGCGCUGUCCCCUGCCACCAGCUGAUGCUGACACUGACGGCGGCUGCUCGGCGGUCAGUCUGACGCUCCGGCCGCUCUCUGACACUGCGAGGAGCCGCUCGCCGCCUCCUGACAGUGACAAGGGCUCACGGCGGACGACAAUCACAUCAGGGAAACCUGACAGUGACGCUCCGCCUCCGUGGCCGAAUGACAGCCGCCACAGUCAGUCGCCUGAGCCUGACCUGCAGGGGAGAGCCAAUGAGAGUGACAGGAGGUCUAAGCAGGGACACACCCCGCUUUUAUACUCCUGCUCACAUUCAGAUGGGCUGUAGUAACAUCACCCUGCAGUGUCCUGCGCUCCAGUAUGAAUUAGCCAAUUAGUAUUGACACCUCAGUGCUCCGCAGCGAUGGACCUUCAGGUUCUAUAGAGUCAAACAAGCAAACGAUGCCGCCAGGCCAGUGACAACAAAGGCUGAUUGAUAAGAACUCCAGUGGCAAUUAUUCAUGAUAGUUACUUUUGAUUGGCUCUGAUAGAUUUAAUUCAACAUCUGCUGAUGGUUCAAAAUAACAGGCAAAUCAGGAUUGACUGAAAACUGAAUUAGCAUGAAUUUAAUGUCUGCUAACGGUUCAAAAUAGCAUGCAAAUCAACAUUGACUGCGAAGUACAUUAGCCUGAAUUUAACAUCUGCUAAUGGUUUAAAACAGCAGGCAAAUCAGGAUUGACUGUGAACUGAAUUAGCAUGAAUUUAACCUCAACUAGUGGUUCAAAAUAGCACAGCAUUGACUCUGAGCUGAGUUAGCAUGAAUUUAACAUUGGCUAACAGUGCUCAAUACUUUUAAAUUUAGCUACAGCAUGAUUAGCAUGAACUUAACAUGGACUAAAGAGUUCAAAAUGCAUUGAACCUUGACUGUACUGAGUUAACAUGAAUCUGACAUUGGCUAGUAGUUCAUAUUAGCAUGCAUUUAACGUUGGCUCUGUACUGAGUAGCAUUGGGCAUAGCCAAUGUUGAACACCUGCUAUUAUGAACUACUAACCAAUGUGAAAUACAUGCUAACUCACUACACAGCCAGUGUUGAAUGCAUGACAUAAUGAACUGUUAGCCAGUGUUAAAUGCAGGCUAAGUCAGUACACAGGCAGUGUUAAAUGAAAGCUAUUAUGAACCACUAGCCUAUGCUAAAGGCAUGCUAACUCACUAUGCAGCCAGUGUGGAAUGCAUGCUAUUCUGAUCUGUUAGCCAGCGCUAAAUACAUGCUAAGUCGGUACAUAGUUAAUGCUAAGUGCUGCUCUGAGCCAUUAGUUUCGGUCCGUUGCCGUGUGCUGAGUGUGUUCCGUGCGGUGAUGCUGCUGUUGUUUCCUCCCCGAUUAGCUCUGAUUAGCUUCCAUGAGGCCAGGCGCAGAAACUACGCACUAGUGGCGCCUGUCUGAUCUUCAGCCAAUCAGAGAGGAGAGGGAAGACCAGGCAACACGCCGCACUCACAAGCUACGAACAUCAGCUUGAUUUAUUUUAAACGUCAGAUUUUUAUGAUACGCUAGCAGAUAUAGCACAUAGUAUAGUAUAGUAUUGUAUAGUAUAGUAUGCAAAUAUAAUCCGAGAUGCUGCUUUAGUAGAUUUGCCUGCAUUGAAUUCACUUAAUUCAAAUAUGAUCAAUAUUUCCACAUGAAUAAAGCAUAUUAAAUCAACUUAAUUAGUGCAAACAGUGAGUAAACUGACAGAUCUGUGUUGAUAUAAUGGAAUUUGUUCAUGUGGAAAUGAUGAACACAUUUGAGUCUGGUCAGUUCAGUGCAGUGUAGUAGAUGUAUAUCAUUUAUAAUGCAGUGCAGUCAAUAGGCCUCAGUUAGUAAAGCAGAUAUAAAGGUGUAAUAUUGCACACUGAACACUGGGAAAGCAUUAUUGGACACAUGUCGAUGCAGUAUGAGGGCAUUAGACACAGUUACUGUUCUACACUGAUUAGAAACACAUCGAGAGACGAGAGAGACGACAGAGAGGAGCUAAAACAUUUUGAAUACUUAAUGAAGGUGUUCUGGAAAACCUCUUUAAAGCUGGAAAACCUGAUAAACUGUAUGAGAAAUGUUGUUGCUGUUGGACUCUGAGGGACAAACGAGUGUAAAACGAUGUGAAAGAAACUUUUUUCUGCAAUAAAGACAGAUUUGUAUGAA